UUGACGUCGCAAAUGCUUCUCGUUGGUCUUAACUCACGUAUCCCGCUGCGAAGGACAUUGGAAGAAAUGGCUCCCCCGCUGCCCAAAAGUGAAUGUGGCAUCGCACAUGACGUAUCAGUUCUACUGCCGCUCAAGUAGCGACUACGGAGGUAAUGAAUACUUGGGACUCCCAAAUAGCCUCAGGAGGCUGGUGAGACGCAUUAAAACGCCAAAUGAUGAGGCCAUCGAGCGAUGGUGGUGUAAACAGCGUUGCCACGCCAAGCCGAUCCUCCUCCAGGUUCAGAGCAGGGAAAUUACCGAUCCACGCACCAGCAAGCCCCGUUAUGCGCAAUCUGGUCGCUCCACCAACAGCUAUACGCAAUUUAUGAGCUGGAGAUAAGAUGCGAGGCCUGGAGCUGAUUCUUCGCGACGUCCACGAAAAGGGAAAUCUCUAAAGUUGAAUGUGACGUCAUAAGGGUCCCGAGCCAAUAACAGUCUAGCAUGGCGUCUACAUCGAGCACUGCAUCAUUCUUCUCCUUCGGUUGGAACGACAGCUUUAUAUCAAAGAGCUACCAAGGCCUACGCCAUCGCAACCUGCCCACAUCCCUCCUGGCCCUCCUUGCAACCGCCUCCGAAGUCCACUGGGCGUCGCUCGGCCCCGUCCCAGAGUCCUGGCUGCUCAGCUUCAAAGAUGCCUCCGGACGGAGCAGUAUACGCUGGGGCGCGCUGAUCCCGCCGCGCCUUCAGGCCGUCUUGGGAAAGACAUGGCACUCGCCACAUUUGCGUUUCUUCCUCGGGCCCAGUGACUCCUUCAUCGUGUGGCACCCGGAGCUGAUCCGCUGGGCCAGCCUACCACACAGUCUCGAAGAUUCGCUGCAGUCGUGGCUCACGCCGUCCGGGUGGCGCGUGGGCCCGCCGCGGCUCGUCACGUGGGGCCCUGAGGGAGCCUUCUUUGCGCUGAGCGAGUACGGCGACGUCGUGUACCGGCUGGGCGACGGCGACAGUUGGGAGAUGUACAGCGAGACGGUUGAAGAAUGGAAGAGCGAGGCAGGCUUCGCUUGGAGCGAGAUAGCCUGCCUGGCGCUCGAUCCCACGACGACAGACCAGUUCAUCGCGGUCCGCAACGACGGCACGUGGGCGGGCAGCAUUGACGACGUAAAUGAAGAUGCGCUGGAAGAUUUCGUCGCGAACUACUUCACCAAGGCGAAGAAGAAGAGCCAGCCGGGUCCUCAACCCGGUGCGCAAGUCCCGCAACCGCCCCCUGUGCCCGCGCAACCCGACGCCGCAACGCAGGCACUGUACGAGCAGUGGGCAACAGACACAGCGCGCAAAUUCGCCGCCGCCCUCGCAGCCCUCACAGCCAGCCCCUCUGCCCAAAGCCCCAACCCCAGCCCAAGUCCCAGCCGUCCCAAACCGCGCAAACUCCAAGUCCGCAGCGCCUCCACCACCGCCCCGCUUCCAGCGCUUCUCUCCGCAUUCCCGCCCCUCCCCCGCCUCCCGACCCCGUGCACCCUCCUCCCCUGCGCCGCGACAAAAGCCGAACCUGCUGGCCUGCGCGCGUGCAAACACGAUGUCGAGACGCUGCUGCGCGGCAGCGGAUUGUACAGCUACGAGUGGCUGAGGCAAGAAAGGUUAAGAUGGCAUCCAGAUCGGUUCGGGAGGUUGUGUGAGGUUGGGUGGCGGGAGGAAGGUCGACGUGUGGGCGGGGAGAUGUUUAAGAUUUUGGGAGGGCUGAUGGAGGAGUUUGAAAAAGAGGGGGAGCGGAACGGGGAGCGGCGGUAGAUACC